CAUUUGUUUAAUUUAUUCUUCAAAAUUUUAAUGAAUGGGAAUUCCCUGGCCUUCCUGGCUCCCCUCUCCCAUCUUUAGCCAUGCUUAUAGUUACUAGUUUCUCCUGAUAUCUAACAUUUAUCUCUUUCUGUGUCAACUAAACCUAUUGCCUUACCUUCACUGAGCAUUAGAAACAAUUUAAUCAAUCUUCUUUAAAAGAGUCCAGCAUAUCUGGUGGAUUUUGCUUGAUUCCAUCCUCAUCUCUCAUUUCUAGUGGUGGGGAAAUGAGUCUCUGUAUAUCCCACCAUGGGAAGCUCUGAGCUUCCAGGUGAGGAGGGGAAGAAUGGCAGGCAAUGCUUUGCUUCUCAGCUGGGGAAGAGCUUCCUCACACUGGAUGAUCUAAAAUAGGUCCCUUUUCCAUAGGAAGUGAAAACUGGGAAGGGGUUAGGUAGGAGAAAGGACAGAGCAGAAAGCAGUGACUGAUGGAAGGCUGGGACAAACUCUAAGAGGUUAGAGGGAAGGUGGAGCUCAGGACACUUUCAAGGAGAGAGGUCUCAUUUUUCAAAUCUGUUGUUACUUUCUGUCACUUUAUAUGUAGUCUUGGAGUAUUAAAAACAAUAAAUUAAUGGGGAAUGAAAAUGUUUCUAUCUGCUCCUUAGGGAGGGGGGGUCCUUUGCAGGCUGCUGCAGAGAGGUGGCACCUGGCUGCUGCCGUGCUGGGCAUACUCCGUGCAUGGAACAGCUCCUGUGUUAGAGCUCAGCAGCCAGGGCUUCCUCCCUCAUUUGCUGGACUGAUUUAGAUAGGAUCAUGGAGACUAGACGCCACGUAGUAGUUUUUAGAGUUUGUAGAGAGGGAGAAUAGCAGGCAGGGCUCUCUGAUUUUUCCCUUAGCCAUCAUAUCCACAACAGUGAGUGGAAGCCUGCAAUCUCCUACUCUCCUUCAGAGACCUCUCUGGGUUUACUAUUUUACACUGAAUUUACUACACUACAAGUUUUCUUGAUGCUUUAUUUUUCAUCCUCUGCAGACUUCUUUCCCUUUUUUUUCCCACGAGGCUCCAAUUCCUCUUGCUGCUUUGUGGUGAUUGGGGUGGUCUCCUCCUUCCUUCCUCACUCCUUUUCCAGUUAUCCCAGUUGUCUCUAUUUACUCUUGCUAUCCCCUUUGUCCUGCUCUUUAUUAACACCUAUGUUUCUCUUGCAUGCCACCCUGUUCCUUUUCUGUAUUCCCAUCCAUCCUGUUCUUCAGUGCUCUGCACCAUGUAAACCCCCAUGAAUCUUGCUCCCUGAGGUUUCUUAUAUGAAUUAAAGAAGUCCUUGGUGCAUUUGCAGUCAUUCGUCCCUUCCUAUUUCUGACUCUGUCCCUCCCCCACCUGAGUGGAAUCUAAAUAAUUUAAUUUCCCUAAAUAGCUCCUCUCUGCCUGUGUGCCUGACUCUUGCCCCAGGCCAGCUCCUGCCAGGCAGGUAGUUGCUGGAGCAGUGGGUUCCCUUCGAGGUAGACACCCCUGGCUGCCUCAUGCAUGGGCUAGCAGGGUUUUGCCAUCAGCCUUUCCAGAGGGUCAGCAUCCUUCCUAAAGCAGGCGUGAGAACCACCAGAAGCCACUGCGGGAGCCAGGCAAUGCCCCCAGGCUGCCUAUGGAGCCACAGUUAAUACCUUCCAGGUUGGCAUCUUCAGCACUGUAAUGCAAGUGGUACAAAAAUCAUUUCAAUUCCAGUUCAAAUUUGUUUAUUAACUGUCCUAACAAAAUGAAAAGUGAAACUUUUCAUGGUUCCUGACUGCCAAAACUUCCCAGAAAGAGACAGGUCUCCAAGACAAUCUCUCCUUAAGCUUUAUAUGAUGAGGGAGGAAGAGGCGGCUGCUCUCCCUGACCCUCCCCUAACCUCCACUUUUUGGAACCUCCCUCUCACCAUGAAUAACUCCAGUGUCUGCCACUGGUGCUGGGCAGAGCUUUGCCAAUCAUCCUCCUCAGCAGGAAGUGGACAUGAUUUUGAUAGUGUCACUCUACCACACAUGAGACACUGAAUAGCAGCAAGAAAACUGAGCAGUUUUGUUAAUCUCGCUGGUGUUUGGCAAGCUCUCAGCAGCAGCCACAGAGGCACUACAGCUGUCUGUCUGCAGCCCCAGGAAUACAAUGCUGCAUUAUUUUAUAUUCGGCAGAUCAUCUUUCCAAUCAUAAGGUCUGGAAUGUUUUAUAUGUUUACUUUUCUGUGAGGAAAGCUUCCUACUGUCACUAAUCAGCAGAUUUUUCAAGACCCACUAUCCUGUGCAUUACAGAGAUAAAUGAAUUGAUACUUCCAAAGCACUCGGGGGUCCUAAGGUGGAAAUACAAAAUAUCAUGUGAAUGUUUUGGAAACAACCUUGGUAUAAGUUGCAUGGUAGGUUACUGUGUCAUUGUCAGUGAUGCAAGUCCAACCACAACCUCUAUCCAAAUCCUCCUGAAGGCUCGUUAUUUUCCUCUGCUCUUCACAGACGUUAACUCACAUUGAUCCUGGUCUCCCCUCUCCAAUAUUAUUUGGUGGAGAAAAAGUGAAGAAAAUAGUAAACAUUUAAAAAAAGACAAGCAUUUUAACAGUGUCCCUCAGAGUGUUCAACUUGUACUGUCUUAAAAAUAACAUGUUUAAAAUUGUAGUAAUGCACUGGUAGCAAACCAAGAGAUGUUAUCCUUUAGUGAGUCCAACACUGAGCUCUUGUUUCUUUUUUUUCCUCUUGUUUUUAAUUAGCAUUAGUAGUGUGCCUAGGUUGGGCAAUUAUGGAACAUAAAACUUGUGCCAGAUGACUUGAAAUUGUCAGUUAGUUCCCCCUUUAAAGUAUCUGCCCUCCAAAUGGGAGAGAGCAGGUGCUGGGAAGGAGCAAAACAUUACUGAGUUUGGGCAGCAUGGCAGGCGGCUGUGGUGGCUCUGGUAGCCCAGCUUUGUCCAGGUUUCUCAGGACAUGCAAGGGGAGAUGGCUGGGGUGCUGCCCCAGCACAACUGUUUCCACUGGCUCUGCACUCCUGCCCAUCACUGCCGGCUGCAGUACCACCUCUGCAUGUCAUUAUUUAUAUUUCCCUGCUGCACCAGCCCUGCUGCCUCUCAGGGCACCUCCACCCAAAGUGAUGACUUCAGCCCUGUGGAAUGAAGAGUGGGUUAUUCUGGAGAAGCAGCUCAGCCUGGACACCCAUGGCAGCAGGAGCUGGGAUGCUGCAUAGCUCAGUUCCCAGAGGCAGCUAUCAAGGCUCUGGUGUUGAGUGUGUUGCUGUGCCCAAGCACAGGGCCAGGACACAGGAUAGGAUCCUGAAUCAGCUCAGGAAAUGUGGGUGGGUGAAUGGCAGAGCUAAUGGGCAGAGGAUGAAUUUAACUCAGAGUUGCAGCCCAUGUAACAAAAGACACUGCUGCAAAGUACUGUUAUCACAAAGGUGUAGUGGUUCCUCUCCAGGAAGGAGAGGAUGUGUAUUGGGACGUGGAAGAACAGUCAUGAGAGAAGGGGAAGAAAGGUCAAAUGAGGCUGGCACUGACCUGAGCUGUCAAUACCUUGCUUUAGGCAGUGAGAGGGUACAGGGGGGACCCAUGCUGGAAGGAGCAGAGCCAGGGAUGCCUGUGGGAAGUAUUUGGUAUCACAGUAGCACAUGCCUGGAAUCCAGUGAUACCCUCUUGACAUGAGAAAUGGUCACAGCACUGUCACCAGAGGUUCUGAGCACUGCUGUGAUAUGCCACAGAUGCAAACAAAUGCCUUCUCCCAGAGAGAUGCUUGGUACAGUCAGGCAAAGUUUCAGCUCUCCUCCUGACUCCAACUUUACAGGUAUUUCAUUUGUUCCUUGCUGAGCUCCUCUAGCCACCCGGGCUAGGUUGCCCAAGACUAGAGGCAGAGCGCACAGACUUGCUCGAGAAGCAGCAUGUGAAUGAACUUGUGUGGCAGUGGAACUCGAACGGAGCUCGGCACGAGUCUGUCAGCCUGAAUGAGUAAGAAACUGCGCGGUGCCUUGGGGAGCAGCCUACCCCCUUCCCAGGGAGCCGCGGGCAGAGAAGAGCGGCCGGGCUGUGCGUACCUGGUGCUGCGGGGCUCUACGGGGCUCCGCGGUGCCCGGCAGCAGCUCUGCCCCGGGUCCUGCAGCCUGGCCACUGCCGUGUGGGGCUGCAAGCGGCGAGGCCGGGAAGCCCCUGACCCCUGCAGGGCCCCCUUGGGCUGCCAGGGGACACGGAAGUACCAGGGCUCCGAGAAGGCGCCUCGACUCCCCGCUGCCCGGUCGGGAUCCCGGGGUGAGCAGGGCAGUCCUGGUCCCGACCUGGAAGUGCCCUCGGCGGCGGCGAAACACCGGGAGGAGCAGGGCCGGGGUCUCCAGGGUCCGCCGCAGCGAGCCCGAGCGCACCGGGCCAGGCCUGGCUCCGUCGCCCUUUGUCCACCGCCCCGGGGCAGGUGCGGGCAGCACGGCCAGGGACAAAGCGGCCGCGAGCUCCGGGGCUGCUCCUGCCGCCGCCGAGCCCGUAGUCGGACGCUCUCCCCCAGCGCGGUGCGGGCGCGGCUCCCGGCGCUCGGCCCCGGUGCCGCCGGCGGGUUUUAUCCGCAGGGCGGCCGGCGGGCCGGCGGGGGUGGGAGGAGCCGGGCAGGUUGUGCCCGCCGGGCCCUCCUCCCUCGCUCCCUCCCCGCCCGGCGGAGAGGGGUCGGGGGAGGGGGCAGCAUGGCCUGUCCGUCCGGCCCCUUUUCCAGCGCUCAUCUGCCCCGGGAGUGCGGCGCCGCUCCUCGCAGGGAGAAGAGGUCCGAAUGGAGACAGACGGUAGCCAGCCCGGCCUCGCCUCCCCGGACUCCCCGCACGACCCCUGCAAAAUGUUCAUCGGGGGACUGAGCUGGCAGACCACGCAAGAGGGCUUGCGGGAGUACUUCAGCCAGUUCGGCGAGGUGAAGGAGUGCCUGGUGAUGCGGGACCCGCUGACAAAGAGAUCCAGGGGCUUCGGAUUCGUCACGUUCAUGGACCAGGCUGGCGUCGACAAGGUCCUGGCCCAAUCCAGACAUGAACUGGACUCCAAGACGGGCUGCGCCUGCAAUCAGUCACCCCAGCCUCCCUCUACCUGCAACAAUAGCUGGUUGUGCAGAAGAAUUUGUGAAAUGACUGCCUGCUCUCUCCAGCCAGGAGGACACGUUAUCUCUGCCCAGUUGAUCACACUCAGGAUUGACCCGAAGGUAGCGUUCCCUCGCCGAGCACAGCCCAAGAUGGUGACCCGAACGAAGAAGAUAUUUGUGGGUGGUCUGUCUGUGAACACUACUGUGGAGGAUGUGAAACAAUAUUUCGAGCAGUUUGGGAAGGUGGAUGAUGCGAUGCUGAUGUUUGACAAGACAACCAACCGACACCGAGGAUUUGGGUUUGUCACAUUUGAAAGUGAAGACAUUGUGGAAAAAGUAUGUGAAAUCCACUUCCAUGAGAUCAACAACAAAAUGGUGGAGUGUAAAAAAGCUCAGCCGAAGGAGGUGAUGUCCCCAACGGGCUCGGCACGAGGGCGGUCCCGAGUCAUGCCUUACGGGAUGGAUGCCUUCAUGCUGGGGAUCGGCAUGCUAGGUUAUCCAGGCUUCCAAGCUGCCACCUACGCGAGUCGAAGUUACACUGGCAUUGCACCUGGUUACACUUACCAGUUCCCUGCAAUCCCCCUCACUGCAUAUGGACCGAUGGCAGCGGCAGCGGCUGCAGCGGCCGUGGUGCGAGGGACAGUUGUGCUGCCUGCUGUAGGUUCCACCCCCAGUCGCACCGGUGGGUUUCUGGGCACCACCAGUCCCGGGCCGAUGGCAGAGCUUUAUGGAGCCGCCAACCAGGACUCAGGGGUCAGCAGUUACAUCAGCGCUGCCAGUCCAGCCCCGAGCACCGGCUUCGGACACAGCCUAGGGGGUCCCUUGAUUGCAACAGCUUUUACCAAUGGGUAUCACUGAAGCUGGGGACCAAGAAGGCAGGAGAUUCCCCAGUGACCUAACCGAGGACAGCAAGUGGCUGGAGGAUCUGGUGAGCCUCGGGGGAUGAGCCAAGGUUACCUUUCUCGUGAAUCAAACUGCACACUGCUGGCUGGCUGCCAGGCUCCUGCCGCCCUGCCCGAUCUCUCCCUUUGACCAGACCACACUGGACUGAACCCGAGGAGAUCAUCUCGCUUCCCUACUAACCACCGACGGUUUACGCUUCCCCCUCCCUGCCCCCAGCCCACUGAUUCUUCUUUUAUUUAUUUUAUUAGCUGUUAGUUUUAUUUUUUUAUUUUAUUUUUUUAUCUUUUUUGGGGGCUGCCCCUUCUUUUUGUUGUUUGCUCUUUCCCGAGCUAGUAGACAUAUUUUAUGAAUUGGCUUUGUGAUUGUGUUAGGUAGUUUUCAUUGAGGAGUAUUUUUAUUUGGCUUUGAAACUGUUUUGAAUAUUUUCAACUCUGUUGUUGUUGUCGUCAGUGUUUUUAAAGCACGAUAUGUAACAAGAAUGCAGUUCUGAAGGGAAGAAAGAGACAGAGAGAGAGCAAAGGACAGAGAGAGAGGAACUGCUGUAUUUCUAUUUUUUUUAAAGAAACUGUUUUUAAUUGUUUCUGUUUUGUAAAUGUGAGGCUUUGAAAAGUGUGGAACUCCAAGGAUCUGAAAACGUUGGACACCGCUAUGGAACAAAACAAAUGUAUAUUUUGCUAAGUGAAAAACACUAUCCUUACAGCUGAAAGAUUUUUUUUUUCCUAGGUUUAGUUUUACGUGGGGUUUUCUUUUUCCUCCUGUAUAAUAUGUAAAUAUCGUGAGCUGAACCUGGCUGCUGCCUGCAGCCUGGCUCCAAGGAGCAGCUCCAGGUCCUGGACUUGGUGCCGCAGCGUGAGCAAUACUCUCCAGCAGAAUCCUGACAGGACUUCGUUCUUUUUUUGUACACCUUUUACUGUAAGAUUUUAAGACCUCUGAUGAGAUGAGAUGAAAGGGGGGCGGGGGGCGGGCGGGGUGACACGUGCCAGCCAUCGGCUGUUUUGCUGAGCGGGUUAAAGCUGCUUCCAAUUGCUUGAUGUACAGACUCCAUCCCUGGGCUCCGUAGCACCGGCUCUGGGCUGGCUUAGGGAAAGGGCUUUGCCGCCGUUGCUUGUCUUGGUUACUUUGAAAGGAAUUCACUCUCCAAACUUUAUCGCUUGCGUCAAGAUUUCCUGGGAAAGGGGAUCCUCCUCCGGAGGCAAGGGUAUCAGAAGGGGUGUCAGCCAGGGGGAGAUUUGGGUAGUCGUUCUCUGAAGGGCAGGGCUCUGGGAUGGGGAUUCAUUAACAGGGGAGAAAAGCAUUAGGGUGGUGAUUUGGGGGCGGGUUAAGGGCUUCUCAGGGAUUACAUGAAUUAUAGAAUUGCAGCUUCCCGUUUGCUUUACUCUGUUUUCUGAAGACUGUGGGAAUUUGUCCUUUGUCCUGUGUGGGGUGAUCUGGUCCCUUCUCCAGAACCUGCUGGGGCUUCCCCUGGUAUGGUCCAGGCUUCUGCCAACCAGCACUCUGCCAGGGGAGACCUUCAGCAGGAAUACAUGGGGCAGGUUUGGGUCUGGAUUUCAGUGAACCAAAGACCUUGUUAAGGGGGGUGAUUAAGCCUUUUAUUAAGAUGCAGCCAAACUCUUUUCCCAGGGAAAUAAAAGCUUCAUCUUAAGUUUUAAAAAUCAUUCCCUCUCUUCCCCCAAACUGAGCCCCUGUAAAGGAGAUGGGCAUUUAGAAAAGGACUGGGAGGGCCACAGUGCCCACAGGGCCCUUUUUAUCUUCUAUCUCUCCCCCAUCUGCUGGAGCUUGUCCUGACCUGGGCGAUGCGUUUGGAGAGUUCUGUUUAAAUAAGAAGGUACUUAACAGAUCAGUACUGAAAACACAAAGCAAUAAUUUUUGUUACUGAGACAAGAGUCUGUAUGUCUGUUUUUUUAAAUAUUUCCUAAUUAAAGAAGAGCUGCAUUUUAUUGGGUUUAUUUUUAUUCUAUAUACUUCAAAUUUGGGUCUGCGGACAGCGCUUUCCUCCCUCUUGGUGUAUGCGCUGAGCUGCUUCCGUGCCCCCUCCAGACAUCCCGGGCCAGCUGUGCUGCUGCUGGGCUGUGAGUCACUCUCUGGCCACUGCCUGGAGGCUGGGGCUCUGGUUUCAGGGUGGGCAUUUUUUUAAAAAGAAAUAAAGCUGUGUUUUUAAGCCAGUAAGUUAUUACACUCCAGUGUUUGUUCUCUCCACACCUGUAACCCUUUUUCCAGAUUUCAGUUUUAAAUUCCUAAUAAAUUAUUUGAAAACUGUC